GGAGGGAGGGGGCAGUGGCAAGAAACAGUAUGGGAGAGCAAGAGAGUAUGAGAGAACGAGAGAGAGAGCAAGACGGAGAGAGAGAGAAAGAGAGAGAGAGCGAGAGAGAGAAAGAGAGGGAGACUUGGUGUGAUUUGUUUAGUGAUCAUAGCCAAUAGAAAGCUGGGUCUAUGAUAACAUCCACAUGCUGGUGGCGGAGAGGAGCCAGAAGUGAGACUUCAAACGCAGUGCGGAGACGCGGAGACACCUGAGCCUGGUCCCCUGCUUCACUUCAUGGGCAUCAGUCCCGCUCCCUCCCCAGGACCCAGAACGCCGGACACGUAUCCCCCACCGCUGCUGGAAUAACUCCCUCCAACCCAACGGCUGCUCUGGGACUCUUUGGACGAAAGGAUGUACUGGCGGUUGGUUCUGUCCGUGCUGCUGGCAGGCGUUCUGUGCGGGGUGGCUGAGAGCAGGAAGCCCCGGCCACCGGGGUCCAUCCCCUCGCCCUACAAGGGCAACGGCAACACCUCGGACAAGCAGGCGCGCAAGCGGGUGCUGGCCUCCAGCCAGGAGGCCCUGGUGGUGACCGAGAGGAAGUACCUGAAGAGCGACUGGUGCAAGACGCAGCCGCUGAGGCAGACGGUGAGCGAGGAGGGCUGCCGCAGCCGCACCGUCAUCAACCGCUUCUGCUAUGGCCAGUGCAACUCCUUCUACAUCCCGCGGCACAUCAAGAAGGAGCAGGAGUCCUUCCAGUCCUGCGCCUUCUGCCGGCCGCACAAGUUCACCACGCUCACCGUGGAGCUGGACUGCCCCGACCUGCAGCCGACCUUCCGCCACCGCAAGAUCCAGCGGGUCAAGCAAUGCCGCUGCAUAUCGGUCGACGUCAGCGAGUCCGACAAGCAGUGAAGCCACGCCCCGUACCCGACCCCGUUUGACCCCCGUCCCCCGCCCCCCGUUUGACCCCCGCCCCCCCGUCCCUCCUCUACCAUGCUUCACUUCUUAUUUCUUCUUAAAGGAGAGCUCUUAACCAGACUUUGUCAUAUAAAGGGGAACGGACGAGCAUUUUUUCGCUGAGGACGUGGACGGUGAAUCUGAGAGGCCGAUGGCAAUGGGGAGAAGGCAGGGACGCAGCGGACGCCAUGUUUGCAGAAAUCACACAGGCCCUGCAUGCUCACCCUUUCGUUUGCAGCACGAAACCGAUUCGGCUACGGGCCGCGUGACCCCGCUGAAUGAACAUCAGCGAGCUCGAGCCGGUUCUUCUGAGCGUGCCCCCGAGAAGGAGCGGGGGGCCAGCGUCGGGCCCUUUGACUCUCACGUUACGCCGGGGCCCGAGACGCGACGCUAACGCGGUGCCAAACUGAUAGCGCAGCACCUAAUGAGUCUGACGGUGAUAAGAGAGCGCGCCCCUGCUUAACUGAUCUGAUCCCCCCCCCCUUCCCCCGGACUGAGGAGAACAAUGUGGCGCUCAGAGCAACAGACCGCAGAAGCAGCUGGCCCCAAAGACCCCCCCCCCCCCUCCACGAGAUUACCUGCGGUUCCAGCCAUCAGCCAGCCCAUCGGAGAACAACAUAUCACUAUAGUGAGAACGCAUAAAGGAGAUCCUUAAACUAUGGUACGGUACAAUAAAGUGUAUAUAUAUCUAGAGACAAAAUUAUUAAUUAUAUAUUAAAUCUAUUUCAUGUAGAACCCCCGUUUCUUUUUUUUUUUGUGUCCUGAAAGUGUGUGUACUUUGCCUGGUUGUUGUCAUUACUGCCGACUGCAACUCAUCGACCUAACAUGAAUUCAGCAGAUGCUCUAUUUCUGGGUGACUCAACUUGUGACUUACACAUUUAUACAUUCAUACGGUCAAAUAUUAACAGAAAACUGAGAUUAAGAUCUUUUUCAAGGGCACAACAUGGGUGCUACAAUUAGGAUCCAAACCUGCAGCUUACAGUUAACAAAUUCAGUACAUAAACCACUACGAUUCUUUCAGGGUAUUUGUUUAGUCAAAACUGCAACACUCACAGAAUGUCACGAGAAAGCAAAGGACAACUGUAAUGUAGUUUGUCUGACCUUUCAACUGGCAAUCAUUAUUACAGGUCACAGUUGUGACACAGUCUGAAAUGUACAAUAAAACGCUACAUUUAUUUAUAUGUUUAUUUUAUAUAAAUUAAACUUUUCCCAAAAAAAAAAAAAAAAAAAUCCAAUUAGAAACACUUAUUGCACACAUGGGGAUAAACCUUGAAUUCCAGAACUGUUUAGUGAUGAAAACAUUGGGGCACAGAACCAACAUGCUGGGACAAGUAAAAUAGAGAAGAAAAAAAAAAUUACAAAGUUGAA